AUGGGUAUAUGGUACAAUAUAAGAGGACUAGGAGGGGUAGAAGAAGGUUUACAAGAUGAUGAUGAAGUAGAGUCGGCCGCCGCCGCUGCUGCUGGUUAUAGUAAUAAUGAUAAUAAUACCAAUGCUAUGUCUAUUGAAUAUGGUAAUAUCAUCUAG